AAAAUCGAUUCAUUAAAUCGAAUCGAAUUGAGGUACAACAAAUCAAUUCCAUAAUAAAUUGAGCACUCAGAGAUCGAUUCACCCAGAAUCGAUUUUGUGAAUAUCAAUAAAAAAUGAGAAAUAAGUGUGAUAAAACUGUAACUGUGAAGUGUGAAUGGAAGGGGAGAUUGAAUAGCUAGCUAGUAGUUAGUAGCGCCACUUCUCUCACAGGCACGGGUCUCGUACUCUCGCGUCUCUUCAAUUCACGAUUCACGACUCACGGGAAAAAUUUUCCGAAUCAUCAAUAAAACAGUAUUAAAAAAUCGAUCUCACAAUUGAAAGAUCAAUUCGAAUAAUUAAUUAGUCGGAGAGAAUCGAUCUGAAAAAUCGAUUAAUCGUUGGUUAAUAAUCGAUUUUGGGAAAAAUCGAUCCUUAGAUCGGCAUCCCUAGUUGAUACUGUUGAGACGUGGUUGAGACCCACACAGUUCAUAGGCGUAUUGUUGUAACUGCGUCAGCUUGUUUUUUCCGUUGUAUGGUGUCUUUCUAAUUAAAAUAUAUUAACGGAACAAUCUCGAAAAACAAACAAAAAAAUUAAAAAAUAGAUAUUUAUCGAUUUUUCCCGGAAAUAGGACUUAUUCUGCUGCGCAUUAAUUUUCGGACUGAACACUAAUCGAAGAAUUUAUUCAAAGAAUAAAAACAUAUUAAACCGUGCCUUAACCUCUCGUGUCGAGGAAUAAAAAUUACUUAAUCUUGUAAUCACAUUAUCGUCGAAACACGUAUGUGUAUGUACGUGUAAAUUUGUAUACGUACAUCUUACUUCCGCAGUUAAUAAGAUUAGCUAAUGUAGAUUUUCUCGUGGACGCGGACCGGCUUUCUCAAUCUAUAUUAAAAUCGUGGUGGUGUUUUCCAUUGCAAUACGAAUGAAAAAAUAAAUAGUAUUUCAGUUCAUUUUUCUGAGGAAAGGAAAAAAAUUAUUUCCUAAUGAGUGGUAGAGCGACACACAGGUCAAGAACAACUGAACGUUCUUCAGAAAAGCAUAGAAAAAAGAAAAAGUCGAAAAAGCGUUCCAGUUCAUCUUCCGAAGAUUGUGUAAUAGUUACGGGGCAAAGAAAUUCUUGUGGCAAAGACAAGCGGCGAAAAUCACGAAAAAAAAAACAUCGUCGGAGGUAUGCAAGUGAUUCGAGUUCAAGCAAUUCGAGCAUAGUCAGAUUGAAACUCGAUGCAAAACCAAAACGAUUACUCGGCGAGCGUCCUGAAUUUUGUAAGAAUGUUAGACGCAGCUACGACGUUGGAAUUCCGCAAGAGUUCCGAAAUCAGGGGUUGCUCCGUUUGCAUCAAAAAGAGCAAAAGAAUGAAACAUUCGCCGGGAGUAAUUCGGGCCUAAUGGAACGGCGGGUACUAAAGGCUCUAGAUGAGGGAGCUCGAGAUGAAUUGUUGAGAAGGCAUUCUAACUCUAGUCAAGUUGCUAAGAAAUCUCGCAAGUCUCAUAAGAGAAGACGGUCUCUUUCUCGCUCCAGUUCAUCAAGCCGUAGCAGCUCCAGCGAGACUUCGAGCCUCGGCGACAGUUCCAGUAUGUCCAGCUCCAGUAGCAUCUCCAGUACGGAUAAACGAAGGAGAGAAAAGAGAAGAAAAAAAAAGAAAUUGGCAAAAAAAUUAUUGAAGCGUGAGACUAAAAAGCGAAGGGAGAUAAGGCGCAAGUUGAAAAAGAUAUUGGAAGUCAAAUCAGGAGUUUCUGUUGGGAAAACCAAACACCAAAUGAUCAAAGACCCUGAGGAUAGACUUCUUAAAGAUAUUAAUGUUGAAUUAGAGGACAGAGCUAGAGCCAUGGCUCCAAUGACGAGAGAAGAAUGGGAAAAAAAACAGAGUAUUGUGAGAAGAGUUUAUGACGAAGAGACAGGACGACACAGGUUGAUUAAGGGAGAUGGUGAAGUAUUGGAAGAGAUUGUCAGUAGAGAUAGACACAUGGCAAUAAAUAAAAAAGCUACCAAAGGCGAUGGAGAAUUUUUCCAAUCACGUCUCACAGUCAACAAGUGACCUUGUGCACCGUUUAUUACAAUAAAUUCCUCUGGAAAUCACUAAA